AUGGAGAGAAUGUCUUUCCCUGUUCUCUGGAGAAAAUGGAUUAAGGAAUGUGUUUCGACUGCAACAGCUUCAAUCUUAGUUAAUGGUAGCCCAACUGAUGAGUUUCCUUUAGAGAGGGGGUUACACCAAGGUGAUCCUCUUUCCCCUUUUAUUUUUCUGUUAGCAGCCGAGGGGUUGAACAUUAUUAUUAAGUCUGUGGUAGCCAGAAACAUCUUUGAGGGCUAUAAAGUUGGGGCGCCCGCUUCUGUGCCAGUGACACAUCUUCAGUUUGCUGAUGAUACUCUGAUCCUUGGAGUUAAGAGUUGGGCGAAUGUCCGGGCUAUGCGCGCGAUUUUGGUCUUGUUUGAGACUAUGUCUGGUUUGAAAGUAAAUUUUAAUAAGAGUAUGCUGGUGGGUGUAAAUGUCUCUGAUUCCUGGUUGUUUGAGGCAGCCUCUGUUCUCCAUUGUCGAGUGGGGAGAGUGUCGUUUAUGUAUUUGGGCCUCUCUAUUGGUGGUGAUCCGCGUCGAUUAAUUUUUUGGGAACCUCUUUUGCGUAGUAUUAAAUCGAGAUUGUCUGGUUUCAAUAGUCAGUUUUUAUCGUUUGGUGGCCGGAAGCUCUCGUGGGUUAGUUGGACCACUAUUUGUUCUCGGAGGGAGUAUGGAGGUUUGGGGGUGCGGGAGUUUAAUAUUGCGUUAUUAGGCAAAUGGUGUUGGCGUUUGUUGGUUGAGAGGAGUAGUUUAUGGUAUAGGGUGUUGGUGGCGCGGUAUGGUGAGGAGGAUGGGAGGUUGGCGGUUGGGGGCCGGAGAGUGCCUUUUCGUGUGCGCUUUAGGCGCCUUUUUGACCUGGCGAUUGAUAAGUCAUGCACGGUCGCUCACAUGUUCUCUAGUGGGUGGGAUGUGGGGGGAGUGGGUUGGAGAUGGAGUCGGAGAUUGUGGGUGUGGGAGGAGGAGAUGCUGGGGGAGUGUACUAUUUUACUUCGUAAUGUUUCUUUGCAGAUUGGUGUUAGAGAUACUUGGAGAUGGUUGCUGGAUCACUCGACAGGUUAUACAAUUAGUAGCGCCUAUCAGUUGUUGACUUCUCAGGAUAUCCCUCAGGUCGAAGGUGCACCUGCGUUGAGGCUGUUGCGGAAUCGCUUGCCGACACGGCAAAAUCUGGUUCAUCGUGGAAUCCUUUCAGAUACUGCUGCUGGUUGUUUGUUAGGGUGCGGAGCUGUGGAGACUUCUCAGCAUUUAUUCAUAUCUUGUGAUUUUUAUGGUUCAUUGUGGUCUCUUGUUCGGGCGUGGCUUGGUGUCUCUCGACCUGAUCCAUGUUUUGUUUCCGAUCAUUUUCUUCAGUUUACUCAUUCAGCAGGUAGUUCCAUUGAUCAGUUGUUGGAUAAGGUCAAAUGGCAUUCUUUGUGGUGGUUAAAAGCUAGCCAUGCCGUUUUUGUUUUUGGUUCUGAUUUGUGGUGGUCAAGACCUUUGGAUUGUUUGGGUCUUGGCUAA